CCCAGUGACAUGCAAUACCCUGACCGGAGAGUACAGUUGGACAUACCCACUGAAGCAGACAAGAGCUCAACUCGGGACAGACUUUGAAUAACUAUUCGGCGACAUAACUUUUUGUUGUAAAGUAAAGACAGCGAGGGAGAUUUUACGCACUAAAAAUGCAGUCCCUCUGUCACCAACUGCUCAGCUURCUGUUCGUUUUCGGCAGCCUUCAGAUUCAUCAACUCACAGAGGCUUGUUCGUGUGCUCUGUCGCACCCGCAAGAUGCGUACUGUAACUCUGACAUAGUGAUCCGUGCCAAAGUGGUGGGCAAGAAGUUACUGAAGGAUGGGCCUUUUGGUACCAUGCGUUACACGGUCAAACAGAUGAAGAUGUACAAAGGAUUCAACAAAAUGCAGCAUGUUCAGCACAUCUACACCGAUGCCUCUGAGAGUUUGUGUGGAGUCAAGUUCGACAUCAACAAGUACCAGUACCUGAUCACAGGCCGCGUGUUCGACGGCAAGGUCUACACCGGGCUGUGUAAUUUCAACCAGCCAUGGGAKCGCCUCUCGCUGGCCCAGAAGAAGGGCAUCAACCACCGUUACCAGCUGGGCUGCAACUGCAGGAUUAAGCCCUGCCACUACCUGCCCUGCUUUGUGACCUCAAAGAACGAGUGCCUGUGGACGGACAUGCUGUCCCACUUCGGCUACCCCGGCUACCAGUCCCGGCACUACGCCUGUAUCCAGCAGAAAGAGGGCUACUGCAGCUGGUACCGGGGGAUGGCCGGCCGUGACAAAACCACCAUCAACUCCACCGACCCCUGAGUGUAAACCACAACCAAGCCCCAAACCAUAGCAACUUUCUUGAGUUUCUUCUCAUCCUCACUCUUCUACACCUUUCCCAAACUCCACAACUCCGCCACGCCCCUCGUCAACCAGAGUAUUACAGAACUCUUAAAACGCGACCACUCCCACGCCCUCUGACGAAAUAUACAAGAACUAAAAUAAAUCAGUGCCUGGCUGUCUCAUAGAAGUAGCACUUCUGAUGUAAACAAUACCUUUUUUGUUUCAUGCUGUACAUUUCAGUUUCUCCCACCUUCCUUUUCCUACAUUUCCCUAGCUAUCAAUGAGCAGAAAUUAGACUUUCUUCAGAAUGCAAUAACAAUGGCCCUCUAAAAAGCAAUACCUUUUUCAAACCAUCGUAAGGCUUAUAUUGGUGGGAUGUCAUUUCAGCACUGCAGUUUCAAGCAAUGCAUAAUGGUUGAAAAUGAUCCUAAUAUUAAAGUAUGGCGUGCAAACAGUAUCAACAAAGCUCCUGCAACAAUGUUAUUCUCAACAAGUUAUGCACAGUAACCAGACACAUUGUCACCAGUACAAGGGCAAUGCCAACACGAGGUAUGACCUCAGAAAAGCAAUCUCUUCCUCCAGUCACACAAAGGUAUUUAACAAUGAUUUUGAAAUCACAUGAAAGUGUAUAUGUAUAUGUUCACAGUUUAUACUGUCAACAUGUCUAUUUAUAUGAAUGAUGUAAUCUUUACCACCCUGACUGCUUGCACUGUAAAGUUUAUUCUUGGUUGUAUUAAAUUUAGUCAUUUAGCAGAUCACACUAUAUGAAUGCGUUGCUAAUAUCGGACGAUGAAUUGAGUAUAGCUAUAUUUUCUUCUCUGUAACCACAACUAAGAAUGACCCUAACAGCUCAAGCACAGGGAAUUCUUAAAUCUUUCACAGAGACAUGAAUGCAAGUUAUUUAAUUUUUUUGCUGUAUAUGAUAAGCUACAAAACAAUGAACAGUUGACUCGACCGAAACCUCUGUAGUAGAUUUAUUUAUCGGUGUUUGUCGAAUCAGACAGUAUCCAUGCAAAAUCUACAAACAUCCUACUACAACAGCAAAUAUAGAUAGAUAUCCAUCUUUGUAUCUGGCCAAAACUGUAUUACCAUCACUACCCUGUUUGGCUAUCAUGAAGGACCAGAAUCCCAAAUUGUGUUUGUAAAGCAUUGACUUAAUGUUAGUUCUGUGUUAGAUCCGCCUUCAGCAGAUUUUGAAUGAUGGUACUUUUGUCCAAUCACAGUUCUCCUUCUGGUUCUCACGAGGUAAGGAACUUUUUUCACUGCAUCAGAGUUUAAAGCRGAGGUUCCAGACAAAGUGUUUUCAAAAAUGUAUACUCCAUUUUUGUAAGUAUUUUAACUAUUUCAGAUGAAACUGAUGAAAAUAACACUAUUGUCACUAAACUCUUCUACUUUGAGUUUUCCAGUUCAGUAUCUUCAGUCCAUUCCGUCAGAAACAGAGAUGCCUCAGCAGGAGUGAGAAGUCUUUGCCCAGUCUCUCAGCUCUGCCCACUUUUCCAUUAUGUUCAGAAAAGGCCAUGCCAAGUUGGUGUUGAAUAGAGUAACAGCCCUGACAUGCCAGGUUUAGAAGGAAAUCCACUAAACUAUAGUUAGUCAAUUUAUUAUUCAUGUAAUCUAUUAUAAUGUGAGGAACUCAAAUUAAAUCUAAAUCUUGCCUCCUCCAUAAGGCACUUCUUACAUGAAAUGCAAUUAUUUCAGGCACUAUAUUUACAGAAAAAAAGAUUGAGAGAAUGAUGGGCUCAAUGGAUGUAGCCCGAUAGUAUGUAGUCUUAAUGUAUCUCCAUCCACUCCAUCCUUUAGUAAGAAUACUGGGAAGGUUCCUCUGUAUGUUCAGCCUUCAUUGACACACUUCUCUGGUUGUCAGUCUUGAGUUGUUUCCCUCUACCAAAUCUCCCUCAACUGGUUUUGCAAGGUUCACUCUCUUUGGCCUUGGCAUAUCUGUAUUUUUUUGUGGUUCAUGUUUGUGUAAAUAUACUGUCUGCUUAACACAGAAACACUUGGUCAAGUCGAUCCAGAGCGCAUUAAAAAGGAAGCUGGCAAAAGGCUGUGUACCAUGUGUGUGUAUACACUGAUUCCUAAAAAGGGGGGUGAGCGAACGUUUCCUUGUAGGGGUUGCAGAAAUGUUUGACUUAAUUUCUGUGUUUUAUAUUUUUAUAAUAAAGAUUUAAUGAAAAAUGGA